AUGGGAGAUGACCUUCAUGUCCACAGCGUUGCUGUCAUCGGUGCAGGAGUAUCGGGCAUCUGUGCAGCAGCGCAUUUGCUUAGACAGGGUCUUGAAGUGAAAUUGUUCGAAAGGUCGUCGAUAGCAGGUGGGGUGUGGCAUUUUGACGAGAACUCUGCCAUCGACCCUCAGUAUCCGAAUCUGCUUCCAAGUCUGGGAGACUAUGCACGACACAGAGCCGAUGAAGAUCAGUCCGCGUAUCAAACACCACCACGGACACCAGACCCGAGGCUGGAAGCAGACAACGAGACCGACUCGCGCCAGAACGUGAAGAGUAAAGACUUUGCUACCAGGCAUGCACCGCCUGGCCCAUGCUACGCCGGAUUGACGAACAAUGUAGCCUUGCGUGCAAUGAAGACAACUUUGGGUGACUGGCCCGAAGGACUCGGAGACUUCGUAAAUCAACGAUACCUUGAGCAGUACUUGCAAGGCAUAGCACAGACUUCAGGCGUCAAUGACGUAGCUGAGUACAACACAAGAGUCGAGGAGGUAGUCAAAGACCCCGUUCGAUCGAAAUGGUCCGUCAAGACAACCACUCUGCGCAACGGCGCCACUUCCGAACUGCUUGAAAGGGACUGGCACUUCGAUGCGGUCGUCGUGGCGAGUGGGCAUUACAACAUGCCCAGAGUACCAGACAUUCCUGGUCUCAAGGAGUGGAAGGCGAGAUAUCCGGACAGAGUUUGGCACUCCAAGCGGCGCUGGCGUCAGCAGCAACGACAUAUCGAAAGAGUCCGAGGCAUUGCCGAGAAGGUGUUCCAAAGUUCACGAGGAGGCGACCUGGACCUGCCUCUCUCGAUGCUACCACCGAGCGCGACGCGCAUUGGCGGAGUACGACGCUUUGUGCUGGAAGGAGACGAGGAGCACGCCUUCACCCCUUCGGGCCGUAUCAAUGGAUACGUUGAGUUGACCAACGGAUCUAAGCUUUGCGAUCUGGAUCGAGUCAUCCUUGCGACAGGUUACCUCACAUCGUACCCAUACCUAUCGCAGUACCACGCAGAUGAUAAGCAGCCAGAAGACGCCAGUGAGUCAGAUUUGGUGACAGGUGACGGAAACAUGGUCCACAACCUUCAUAAGGACAUUUUCUUCAUCAAUGACCCGACAUUGUCGUUCGUUGGUCAACCAUACCACAUCUCGACAUUCUCGCUAUUCGAGUUCCAGGCACAGGUCGUUGCACGAGUUCUAUCAGGCGCCGCAAAGCUGCCUUCAGAGAGAGCGAUGAGGCAAGAAUACAGAGAACGAGUCGCUGCGCGUGGUCUUGGUCGUGACUUCCAUAGCUUGCGUGGUGAUGGCGAGGAACUAGGCUAUGUGCGUUCGCUCGUCGAAUGGAUGAACGCGACUCCCUCGUCAGGCAUCCUGCCAAUGGUAGGCCAUACUGAGAGCUUUAUUCAAGCUCACAAGGAUCAACGUGAAAGACUGGCGUUUAUCGGAAGGAGUAGACAGAAAGGGUCAGGCGUGUCCUUCGAGCACGUCGCAGUCAGUUGUUAA